AUGUUGUCCCUCACGACGCUGCUGGCAGCGUCGGCGCUCGCGGUCCCCGCCCUCGCCCACAUGGAGAUGCAGUACCCCGCGCCCUUCCUGUCCAAGUACAACCCGAACACGCAGCCGGCCAACAUCGACUGGUCGAUGACCAACCCGCUCGCGGCCGAUGGCUCGAACUACCCGUGCAAGGGGUACAACCAUGUGCUCGGCACGCCAGAAGGCGCAGUGACAGCGACGUUUGCCCAGGGCCACGCAUACAACUUUACCAUUGUCGGCACGGCGUUCCACGGCGGCGGGUCGUGCCAGGCCUCGCUGAGCUACGACGGCGGCAAGACGUUCACCGUCGUCCAGAGCAUCAUCGGCAACUGCCCCGUGUUCGGCAGCGGCAACUUUGACUUUACGGUGCCGGCCGACGCGCCGACCGGCGAUGCCGUCUUCGCGUGGACGUGGUUCAACAAUAUCGGAAACCGCGAGAUGUACAUGAACUGCGCGGCCGUGACCAUUACAGGCGGCGCAAGCCGCAAGCGCCGCAUCGGAGAGUAUGCCGAGCCGGCGUUGAAGCGCGAUGUCGCGUACGGUGAUGGUACCGUCGCCAAACGCGCCACGCCCUUCUCCGCCCGCCCGGCAAACUUUAUCGCAAAUGUCGGCAACGGCUGCAGCACGCUGCAGAACAAGGACGUCCUGUUCCCCAACCCCGGCCCGGAUGUGCUCAUGAACUCGGACAACACUGCGGCCGUCGUCGGUGUAUGCCAGCCUAUUGGCGGCGCGCCGUCGUCGGCACCAUCGUCGUCGUCAGCCGCCCCUACCAGCUCGUCGACGACUUCGUCAGCCGCUCCGACGACGACAACGAGCAGUGCCGAGCCGACGACCACUGUCGAAGCGACUACGAUCGCCCCAACUUCGUCCGCCGCCUCCAGCUCCGAGUCGCACUCUUCUUCGUCAACCGAAGCUAGCCACUCAGCUUCAUCAGAAGCGCCGUCGUCGUCGGCGUCGAGCUCGCAGGCCGAGCCGUCAUCAUCGAGCUCGCACUCCGAGCCCGCUUCGUCGACCUCCUCGCCGACAUCGUCAGAGGCGCCUUCAACGACGCCCUCGCCGACACCCUCGACCUCACCCUCGACAACCCCCUCGCCGACCUCAACGCCGGCCUCAUCAACAUCCGCCCCGUCGUCUUCCCACUCUGAGGCGUCUUCCUCUGCCUCGUCAUCGUCGUCGUCUCACGCGAGCCCGACCUCGACCGCGCCGCCGACAACGAGCUCGCCGUGCGCGUUCACCGUCCAGACCCGCGGCCUCCCCGGCCCAGGCAAGUUCCUUGUCCGCCGCCGCAGGUCGUAG